UGGCCAGUGAGGAAAGGUUUUAGUUUUUAGUCUUUCUGAGGAUCCAGAGAAGAGUGCAAACAUUAAUACUGGAUAUUGAAUUUUCUGACUUGCUGAUUGCCUGAAUCGGCGUGGAACCUGUCAUUGUGAGAAAGUAAGAGCUGUCAUAAUGUCAAGAGUCGCCAAUCUGUCGAAACUGCGGCAAGAAAGAAUGAAGGAGAUCAGCUUGCGGAAUAAAGAGAGAGAGCGCAUGAGGGAGCAAGAGAAGGCAGCAAGGGAAAGGGAAGCACGUUACAGCAAUGGUCAUCUCUUCACAUCAUUGACAGUUUCAGGAACUACACUCUGCACGGCAUGUAACAAGAGUAUUACUGCCAAGGAGGCACUCAGCUGCCCGACAUGCAACAUCACUAUUCACAACCGCUGUCGAGAUACUUUGCCCAACUGCGCCAAAAUGAAACAGAGG